AUGCCGGGACGACAGGAUUUCCUGAGCCAACAAGCCCCUGAAAACUACGUCGCUGGCUUGGGCAGGGGCGCUACUGGCUUUACCACUCGGUCAGAUCUCGGCCCUGCAAGAGAAGGUCCAAGCGAGGACCAGAUUAAAGCUGCCCUCCAGAAGAGAGCGGAGCAACUUGGGGCGCAGCCAAGUGCCUACGGGCUCCCAGAAAAGAAGGAAGAUGAUGGCAAUGACGAUGAUGAACGAUUUCAGGAUCCAGAAAAUGAGACUGGGUUGUUCGCAAGUGGAGAUUUCACCAGGGAAGAUGACGAAGCGGAUAGGAUAUACCAGGAAGUGGACGAGAGGAUGCUGAGGAGAAGGCAACAGCAAAGGUUAGUCGUCACUUUUAUAGCCCCGCAUUAUCCCCUUCCCCAGUCAUAUGUGACAAAUGGUUUAUCGUAUGCCACCUUUGUGAAAGUGCAGAUUACCGACUUGAGAUCCGUCGAUCCUUCUAGGGAAACGCGAGAAGCGCAAGAAAAACGUGACUAUGAGAUCAAAAACCCAAAGAUACAGCAGCAAUUUGCAGAUCUGAAGAGAAGUUUGUCCAGCUUGACCGAGGAGGAAUGGGCAAGCCUUCCGGAACCAGGUGACCUGACGCGCAAAAACAAAAGAGCAAGGACUCAGAACCACGAGAGAUUCUAUGCUGUUCCAGAUAGUGUCAUUGCAGGAGCCCGAGACUCUACAGAAUUUGAUACCAAUGUCCAGGACGACGGCAACGCGAAUGGCAAUGGAAACGCAAAUGGCGAGAUUGAUGGCACAACGACCGAUUUCAGGACGAUCGGCGCAGCAAGAAACCGAGUCCUUAACAGCAGACUUGAUAGAGCAGAGCAAUCCGGCACAGACACAUCGUCGGGGACUGCGACAAAUGUGGAUCCGAAAGGAUAUCUGACAAGCCUAGCACAAACGGAGCUCAAAUCGGCAGACGUAGACGUGGGUGAUAUCACUCGAGUGCGGGGUCUGCUGGAAUCAGUCAUCAAAACAAAUCCAAAGCAUGCGCCUGGUUUCAUUGCAGCUGCUCGACUGGAGGAGGUGGCCGGAAAGCUGGUGCAAGCUUGCAAGAUUGCUGAAAGAGGAUGUCAGAUAAACCCUCGUAGUGAAGAUCUCUGGCUCGAGUACAUUCGACUUCAGGAGAGGAGGUCAGGAGACAACCAUAACGCCAAAGUUGUUGCAGCGGAUGCUAUAAAACAAAACCCAGAAUCCGUCCGCCUAUGGCAGAGUGCCAUGUCAUUGGAGACAGAUCGCAAUGCCAGAAAGCGUGUAGUACGAAAGGCCAUAGAUCGGCUGCCGAAGUCCGUAGUCUUGUGGAAGGCACUUGUCAAUGAAGAAGAAUCCCCUGAAGAGGCUAAGCUGCUUUUAUCACGAGCGGUAGAAGAGCUACCAUACUCUGUUGAACUUCAUUUGGCGUUGAGCAGGCUCUGUUCGGGGAAUGAAGCCAUGAAAGUGCUUAAUAAGGCUCGAACACAAAACCCCACAAGCCACGAGAUCUGGCUGGCGGCUGUCAGGCUACAAGAAGCCAUGGAUCAGCCAUUAGACAAAGUCAGACAAUUAAUGAAGAGAGCCAUUCAAUCCCUUGCACAGAAUUCUGCCAUGCUCAAGAGAGAAGAAUGGAUAGCAGAAUCAGAAAAGCUCGAGGCAGACGGCAUGGUUUCGUCAGCUACAGCUUGCAUUCAAGAAACGUUGAGCUUUGGCCUAGACGAAGAUGAUGAUGAUCUAAAGAAGCUUUUCAACUCUGAUGCUCAAGCCUCUCUGGCGAAAGGAAUGUACGCGACCGCUCGAGCUAUCUAUGCUUACACGCUUCGGCUAUUCCCAACGUCGAAAUCCACAUGGCUGGCAGCCAUUGACCUAGAGAAGAAUCAUGGAUCGAGGGAUGAAAUGUGGAGAUUGCUUGACAAAGCAGUCGAAGCAUGCCCUGACGCUGAAGAGAUUUGGCAAUUAAGCGCCAAGAGUCGAUGGGAUGCUGGCUUUACUGACGACGCGAGAAGGAUACUCGGUAGAGCAUUUAAUCAGCUAUCGAGCUCUGAGAACAUCUUCUUGAGCGCUGUCAAGCUCGAGGCCGACGCUAAUCAGAUCGACGAAGCACGACAACUACUUGCAACUGCUCGUCAAGAAGCGGGCACUGAUCGGGUCUGGUACAAAUCCGUCGCUUUUGAGCGGCAGUAUCCAUCCAAGAAAGACGGAGAAGGCAAGGUUCACGACGAAGCUCUCAAAUUAGCCAUCGAAGGCCUGAACUUGUAUCCAAAGCAGGCACGUUUGCACAUGCAGAAAGGUCAGAUCUACCAUUCCGUAGGACAAUUACCCCAGGCUCGCCAGGCUUACAACGUCGGCACACAUGCUUGCCCAGCCUCAGUCCCGCUAUAUCUACUCCUAAGCCGCCUGGAAGAGUCGCAAGGUCUCGUGGUCAAGGCACGUUCCGUCCUUGAACGCGGCUUACUCGCUACAAAAAGCCCAGACAUAGCCCUAGAACAGGUCAAGAUCGAAUUUCGCGCGGGCAAUCUACAGCAAGCGAAGAAUCUCAUGGCCAAAUCGCUCCAGACUCAUGGAACCUCGGGCGCCCUUUGGUCCUUCAAUAUCUGGAACCUCGAGUCGAGAACCCAGCGGAAACCCCGUUCUCUCGAAGCUAUCAAGAAAGUCGACAACGAUCCGACACUAUUUGUGACUGUUGCGCGGGUUUUCUGGGGUGAGAGAAGGCUGGAGAAGGCCUCGAAUUGGUUUGAGAAGGCAAUCUUGCUUGAUUCUAGCCUUGGAGAUACCUGGGCCUGGUAUUUCAAAUUCUUAAUGGAGCACGGGACGGAGGAGAAACGGCAGGAAGUGGCAGAAAAGUGUAAAAGCAACGAGCCAAGAUUCGGCGAGGUCUGGCAGUCUAUUGCAAAGGCGCCUGAAAACGCUGGUUUGGGAGCUGGGGAUGUCCUUCUCAAAGUGGUGCAACUGCUCAAAUAG